AUGCCGCUCCUAAUAAUCACGGGCCUUCCUUGCUCAGGCAAGACUCACCGAGCCCAGCAAAUCGCGGCCGACCUCAGAGCCUACAUUUCCUCCGACCCGGCAUCGUCCAAGAGAACCGUACAGAUAAUCCCUUCUCAUCACGCUUCUGCCGACGAACCGUAUGAUGCGGAUAAGCCUCCAACCGCAGAGUCUCUGAGAGACCAGACAUACAACACCGCCGCGCAAGAAAAGACUGCCCGCGCGGCAGAGUUCUCUGCGAUCAAAAGAGCCGUUUCAAAGGACAACAUCGUGAUUGCAGAUGGACUGAACUACAUCAAGGGUUACAGAUACCAGUUGUGGUGCGAGGCCAAGGCCGUAGGUACCCGCUGCUGCGUUGUGCAUGUAGCCUCACAGGAGGAUGAGUGUAAGCAGUGGAAUCGAGAGCGGCUGAGGGCUUGGGGCCGCGCAGAAGACACAUUCUGUGAGACGAGUGCCGGGACCGAGACCGAGCAGAAUGGCUCAGUGAGACAGGGAGAAAGUGUGAUGGGUGACCUUAUGCCAGAGAGCCACACAGCCAUCUACGGCGACAGGGUUGUCGUGAACAAACCGAGCCGGUCCCGCUCGUCGUCGAUGGACGGGUUUGAUGGGAAUGGCGAACAAGGAGGACAACGACCGCAGCAAACACAAGUGGAAGAUACCAUGACCCUGAAGAGCUUGUACAUCGGCGACAGAAGGCCAGACACCACCGCGUUUCCGUCCCGGUCCUCUACGAGCAGCACGCCUCAUCCUCGAGACCAGGAACUGCCAUCAAAGACGCCAGCACCACCAAGCGCCCUUCUCGAACCACCUGCUCCGACAUCCUCACCACCGUAUUCCGUCUCCACACUGACCUCGCUCGCCAUGCGGUACGAACCGCCCUCGCCAUUCUCGCGCUGGGAUACACCGCUCUUCACAAUCCCCUCUACCGACACUAGCCCACCGAGUCGGGACAUCUGGGCAGCGCUCUUCCCUCCCCCCGCAAAGCCGACGAGCAAAAAAGCCCUCUCACAGCUAAAGUCGUCCAACCACACCGUCCCGACAGAAGUGACUGCUGCAAAGACAGGAGGAGGGGAAGAAGUGAAACCGCACGCAGCCACCGUCCUGCCCAGAGCCACAGACUCGGACGCACUGCAAACCCUCGAGAGCGCGACGAUGGAUGUCGUCAAGCUUUUGCUCAUCCGUGCGAGGGAAUGUGGUGUCGCCGACGCCGAUAAUGCGGGGGAGGUCGAUCUUUCGGUGCCGAUACCCGCGCCUGCUGCGUCUGCUGCGUCUGCUCCUGCUGCGUCUGCCGUGUCCGGGCCGGCCGAAAGUGAGCGUGAGACGACUUACGAAUUAAGUAUGAGUAUAUACAUCCCGGCCAGCGUGGCCCUGUCGCAGCCCAUGCUUCAGCGCUUGAGGCGGAAGUAUACACAGAUCCAGCGCGCAGGGAUCGCGCAUGGCCAGGGAUACGUCAAGGGCCGCAGGCCCGUGGUGAAAGGUUUCGUCGAGUUUCUGGAGCAUGAGUGGAAUGACGACGACGAAUAA